GCUCGAGGCCGAGGCCGAUUUCCAAUCUCUUUAAUUGGCUGGCUUCCUUGAUGAUAUAAACUCGCAUUCGCCAACACUUACUGACUCAGCAAAAUGGCAGACGUUCCACCAACGAUACAGCUAACAGGUCCUUUGGUUCUAGGAUACCAGUUUAACUGGGGCCUGUAUGGUGUUUUGGCAACUCAGCUUUACACCUAUCACCAAGCACGUUUUCAGGACACUCGAUUGAUCAAGUCCAUUGUAUACGGUCUUUUUGUCAUUGAAACUUUACAACUCGUUAUGGCGACCCACGACUCUUUUCACACUCUCGCAUUGGGAUGGGGAAACAUUCUAGAUUUGUCAAACGUUUGGUUCUCUUGGUUUGAUCUUCCGUUUCUAACCGGCCUCACCAGCGCUACGAUCCAGUGUUUCUAUGCAUGGCGCCUCUACAUCCUCAGCAAGUCAUAUGUGUUAGCAAUAACGAUCUCGGCUAUCGCAUUAGUGCAGGGCUCCGCAGCAAUGGCUGAAGGUAUCCAAAUAUACAUAUCACAAAACGUGCCAGGAACCCAGGAGAAUACCUUCAAAACAACUGCAGUGUGGCUUGGGGGAACUGCCUUGUGCGAUAUUAUAAUUUGCUGCGCCAUGUUUUACUUUCUCUCAAAAAGCCGCACUGGAUUUCGUGCUACAGACUCAAUGCUCAACAGGUUGAUUAAGAUAACUAUAGAGACUGGCAUGGCAAGUGCCGUGAUUGCUAUCAUCGAGCUCACCCUGUUUCUGAUAUUCAAGCAUAAUUUCUACCAUGUGGUACCAGCAUUUAUGCUCUCGAAAUUGUACAGCAAUUCUUUCCUUGUCCUUCUCAAUAGCCGCAAAGGCAUUAAACGAUCGAUAAACUCGGAAUCCUCUCGUUCAUUUUCGGAGUUGCCCGUUUCAAGGGAGACUAAUAGCACUGGCACAACGAAACUAGCAUUCGCUCACCGGUCCUCCUCAGACGAUCUUCGAAUGGUUAGCUUCUCAGAGACAGAAAAUCCCGAUAAGCACCACGGAAACCUGCCUCUUGAUCGCAUACCCUGCGACGUGUAACAUAAUUACAUACGAUCAAACACGCCAUGCCCAAAUUCAUAUUUGGUCACCCCCAGUCGGUUACAACAUUACUUGAACACGAAUGGCAGAGAGAUCCAUAUAGUGCUGAUAGUACUGGCAUCACUUUUGCGACCCUUCCGGAUUGCUUUUAUCUUUUUGACCCGUGUUUAUUGUCCAUUGUGGCAAUGCAAUAUGGUGACGUUUGUAUAGUACUA